AUUUCCGGUAGCUCAUUGCGUAUUUUUAUCGUUGGUAUAGAACGUAGUUUUUGGCCGUAGUUCCUUGUACGAGAAGUGUUUCAUGGUCGAGGACGUAUUCGGGAUCCAACAUUUUAAGAUACUCUUAUGGUUUUUUCAAAAGGGGAGAUUUAACACUGUUCAGUACUUUAGAUUUCAUGGAUCAUGAAAAGCUGUAUCCCAGACCCAUGUCAACAGCGAGAAUAUGAUUAUUUUGGAAAAUACAGUUGUUUCUAGUCGAGGUUCCUGACAUCAUGUGUUGCCCUGAAGGUUACUAUUCCUUUCACCUUCAAUGUAUGCCGAAGGUGAUUCCCACAUGCAGUGGCGCAAAGGUAUAAAAUGUACAGAUUAGGAGCCAAGGACCGUUUGAUCCUUGCAAGACGCAUCACCGAAUACUUGAUUCCCUAGGCAUUCUUUGUGUUUAAAGUUUGAUGUGGCAUAGCAGAAGAGAUGGAUUUGAACUUAAACAAAGUGUGUCGUUUGUGCGCUAGAAAAUGCGAGGAUAUGCAGAAUAUUUUCCAAGAUACUUCUUCUGAACCCGAAAUUUAUAUGGAUGUUACAAAGGAUCUGUCCGGGAUGUUGCCACUCAAGAUAGCAACUGUUACUUCUAUCAAGGUAGAACUCGGGGACGGUCUGCCCACUCAGGUGUGUAACGAAUGUGUCGCUCACCUGAAUGCAGCCCUCACUUUCAAGGAGAAGUGCCUCACAGCAGACUCAAUACUGCGUCAUUUACUGAACAGUGUGCAAGAAGCACAGGGCAGUAAGGAACUGAAUGAUGAGAAGACAGCGGCUGCUGACACAAGUCACAUGUACUGCAAUGACCGGAACACAAGUCACGAUGAUGAAAAAGCCUGGGAAGAUGAUGUAUAUACAGAAACCAUGAAGAAUGGCACAUCAUCAGACAUGCCACAGAGUGCUGCAAAGGAUGGCUCUGAUGUGGAGGCAGUUAAUGCACCUAAUGAGGAGAAGCAGUACACAUGUCCUCCAUGUGGGAAGCGGUACUUGCUGUCAGCUGCUUUCAAGAAGCACUUGAGCAUGAAACAUGAAAUGGAUGACAGGAGCAUAGAAGAGCUGAUAGUAAAGUGCAGUGGAGUCAGUAACACCAGUAAGCCAAUAAACAAGAAAACAUGUCUGUGCAACAUUUGUGGCAAGCAGGUAAGCAGCGUCCAGUUCAAACAGCACAUUCGUAGCCACGAGCAGAACUUCCAGCACUUGUGCACUUAUUGCGGGAAGAAGUACCUUACAAAGUUUCGUCUGACGCAACACAUUAGGGUCCACACAGGAGAAAAGCCCUUUGCUUGCAAUGUGUGUAAUAAGCGCUUUCAUGAGAAGUCACUACUGCGAUCACACCAGAGACGUUACCUGCAGCAACGCCCCCUGCAGUGCACUGUUUGUGAGAAGCGUUUUACAAACCGGUCACACCUCAACACUCAUCUAAUGGUUCACACUGGAGAAAAACCAUUCCAGUGCUUAGUAUGUGGAAUGGAGUUCAGAUCUAAUAAUCAUCUGAAGCGACAUUUCAAGUUACACUCUGGAGAGAAAUCAUACACAUGUGGUGUGUGUGGUAAGGCCUUCAUACAGAAGAGCAACUAUGUGCAACACCUGGCAGUGCAUAGAGAGGACAAGCCAUUCAAGUGCAGUGAGUGUGGGAAGGGGUUCUCUUAUAAGUGCAGCCUCAAGAUGCAUAUGGAAGUGCACAGAAAGAAGUUGGGAGAGCUGGUGGAGCAGAAGUAAAACUAAGUAGGAUUUGAGGUUUUUAUGGUGAUGACUCUGAAGAUGGCAGUCUUCUGGGUUGUAGUGCCUUGUGGUCUGGUAGACCAGACUACUGGACUACAUGGCACUACAACCCAAAAGAUAGCCAUCUCCAGAAGUGAAAUGUCUGCUUCUGGUUGUUUGACUGUAACAAAAACAUUCAUGCAUGCAAUGUUAUUACAACAGUUUGAUCACACUCUCAAUAAGCCCCUCCCACCUGAAGUCCUUUGUCAUUUUCAUAAUACCUGUAUAUUACAUAUACAUGAAUAACUCUCAAACUGUAGAAUGUAUUUCAUGUAUGUAAUUCUAGAUUACAUUAAUGAGAAUACAUCUGGAACAAAAGACUGA